GGCUAGGCGGCUGAGGCGGCUGAGGCGGCGGCUGACCCAGGAGCGGCGCCGGCCGGGUGUACUGGCGGCGGGGAGCAGGCGGCAGUGCGGCGGCCGCGGUGCGAUAGCGGGCAAGCUCGAAAAAUCACCACUCAUAUAAUGGAUUUUAUAGAUCAGAUUUCUUUAUUCUGUAUAUCAUGGUCACAAUACAGAAAGUAUACUUAAUUUCUCAUUUCUGCAAGUAGUCAUGACUGCUGAAGAAAGAAAUUUUUUAAGCUACUGCAGGAUUCAUUUGGUACCUUUUAUGGAAAUUCCGAUUUUGUUUUUAAUUUUUGCUAACUUUUUGCUAAUAGUAUGAACAAGCAAAGAGUUUAUCUUCAUAGGCAAGUACACAUUAAUAAGAAUGCCUAGAAGAGGAUUGAUUCUUCAGACCCGGACCCACUGGCUGCUGUUGGGCCUUGCUUUGCUCUGCACUUUGAUACUAUUUAUGUACCUUCUGGAGUGUGCCCCCCAGACUGAUGGGAAUGCAUCUCUUCCUGGUGUUGUUGGGGAAAGUUAUGGUAAAGAGUAUUAUCAAGCCCUCCUACAAGAGCAAGAAGAACAUUAUCAAACGAGGGCAACCAGUCUGAAACGCCAAAUUGCCCAACUAAAACAAGAAUUACAAGAAAUGAGCGAGAAGAUGAGAUCAUUGCAAGAGAGAAAGAAUGUAGGGGCUAAUGGCAUAGGCUAUCAAGGCAACAAAGAGCAAGCACCUAGUGAUCUUUUAGAGUUUCUUCAUUCCCAAAUUGACAAAGCUGAAGUUAGCAUAGGAGCCAAACUACCCAGUGAGUAUGGGGUUAUUCCCUUUGAAAGUUUUACCUUAAUGAAAGUGUUUCAGUUGGAAAUGGGUCUCACUCGCCAUCCUGAAGAAAAGCCAGUUAGAAAAGACAAACGAGAUGAAUUGGUAGAAGUUAUUGAAGCCGGCUUGGAGGUCAUUAAUAAUCCUGAUGAAGAUGAUGAACAGGACAAUGAGGAGGGUCCCCUUGGAGAGAAACUGAUAUUUAAUGAAAAUGACUUCGUAGAAGGUUAUUAUCGCACCGAGAGAGAUAAGGGCACACAGUAUGAACUCUUUUUUAAGAAAGCAGACCUUAUGGAAUAUAGGCAUGUGACCCUCUUCCGCCCUUUUGGACCUCUCAUGAAAGUGAAGAGCGAAAUGAUUGACAUUACUAGAUCAAUUAUUAAUAUAAUUGUGCCACUUGCUGAAAGAACGGAAGCGUUUGCACAGUUUAUGCAGAACUUCAGGGAUGUUUGUAUUCAUCAGGACAAGAGGAUUCAUCUCACAGUGGUGUAUUUUGGUAAAGAAGGACUGUCUAAAGUCAAGUCUAUCCUAGAAUCUGUCACAAGUGACUCUAAUUUUCACAAUUACACCUUGGUCUCAUUGAAUGAAGAAUUUAAUCGUGGACGAGGACUAAAUGUGGGUGCCCGAGCUUGGGACAAGGGAGAGGUCUUGAUGUUUUUCUGUGAUGUUGAUAUAUAUUUCUCAGCCGAAUUCCUUAACAGCUGCCGGUUAAAUGCUGAGCCAGGUAAGAAGGUGUUUUACCCUGUGGUGUUCAGUCUUUACAACCCUGCCAUUGUUUAUGCCAACCAGGAUGUGCCACCACCUGUGGAGCAGCAACUGGUUCACAAAAAGGAUUCUGGCUUUUGGCGAGAUUUUGGCUUUGGAAUGACUUGUCAAUAUCGAUCAGAUUUCCUGACCAUUGGUGGAUUUGACAUGGAAGUAAAAGGUUGGGGUGGAGAAGACGUUCAUCUUUAUCGAAAAUACUUACAUGGUGACCUUAUGGUGAUUCGGACUCCAGUGCCUGGUCUUUUCCACCUCUGGCAUGAAAAGCGCUGUGCUGAUGAGCUGACCCCUGAGCAGUACCGCAUGUGCAUUCAGUCCAAAGCCAUGAAUGAGGCCUCUCACUCCCACCUGGGAAUGCUGGUCUUCAGGGAGGAAAUAGAGACGCACCUUCAUAAACAGGCAUACAGGACAAACAGUGAAGCUGUUGGAUGACAUAAUCAUUAACACAUGACAGUCUGAACAACAAGCCAGUACUGUUUAUUUAGCCUUAAUUCCAAUUCCAGAUGCAGUGCCUCUUUUAGAGAAGACAUGUUUAUUUUUCACGUUCUUCUUGGCAUUACUUUACUUUAGCAUUUCAACUUAAUCUGAGAAGAAAAAACAAGUGUUUCAGCACAAAGUCUCUGUUUUGUGAGAAUACUGCACCAUGGAAUAAUUGACAAAUUGAAAUCGGAUAUUUGUUCCAAAAGUUGUUUUGAGUUAGUUUCUGCCUGGUGCCCAUGUUCUGACUGCAUGUGGGAUUCAGUGUCCUGAGUGCAUUUGGGUGGAGAGAGGAGAUGUGCUGGGCUGAUGGUGAGCCAGGAGCAGCACACUCCUACAGAGGGGACAGAGUAUCGUGGACAUAGUGUGUGGACAGGUAUCUUCACCUGCCUACCAUUGUCACCCUGCUUGAUUUUUAAAUGAAGGGCUUUGGUUGAUAGCUUGAAAAAUUUCACUGAAGCAGGGAAUAAUUAAAUGACACAUCUGAAAUCCUCCAUCAGAGAAGGCAGAAAUCAAAACCCCUUAACUUAAUGUUGCUUAUCCCCCUGAAUGUUUUUAAGCAAGUGGGUAAUAGUAGAAAAUAGAAUGAUUAAAAUUAGAAUAUGUUAUUGCAUUAUUAUCAUGUUUAGGAUUAGCAAAGUUGCUGUAGACUGUUUUGAACAAACAAAAAAACAGGAAAACAUUUGUAACAGAGUAUUUAAUUAUGGUGGAGCACAGGAUACUAGCUGUGUCUGGAAACAUCAAUUUAUGUGAGCCAGCUACAUCAGGGCCUUCCUGUGGUGGUUCAGAAAAGAUGAACAUAGCAUGUUUUUUUUUGUUUUUUGCUUUAUAUUUUCUCAUUUAGCAUAGAUACAUAUGUAUUUAUUAUCAUUUAUUUUUUAAUAUGUUAAUAUAUGCUGUAUCUGUAUAUGUAUUAUUAUAAUACUUUGAGUUGAAAGAGUUUCACUGUGGGGAGAAAACACAAUUUAAUGAGUUAUCCAUCGGAUCAUUCUGAUUUGAAAAAUGGGGAGGAGAGGAAGGUAGUCUGAAUGGAAAUCUGAAUUACAGAAUAUUUUAGAGAAACGUGUUGCUUGCAUAUAGAAUAUUUUAAUUGAAAUGUAAAUUAUAUUGAUGAGACAAGGUGAAUAAGAAAUUAUAUUCAGACAGAACUGUACUGUAUUAUUUAUCACACAUGGUUUUUUUACUAUCAGGUCAAUUGCUAGGUCCAGAAAUUGGAUAUAAGAUGGAAGACAUGCAUAAAUUUUUCAACCUUUGGCUUUUAAAAGGGACCUAUAUUGAAUUCAGUGUGUACAUAAACCCCUGGGAAUUCACAGAAGAAUAAUUUUUCAUAGUAAAUAAUAUCUGAAAUAUUAUAAAUUUCUAGGUGCUACAUGAAUUCAAUUUUAUAAUAACUCUUUAUUCUUACAAGUUUUAAGUUAGGAUAGUAUUUAGGGUUUUUCUUAAGAUAUAUAAAAUGUUCUCUGCAAAAUAAUUCAUGCCAUUGUCUCUUUUUAUAUACAAUUAUUUAUUUUGAAGACCAGUGAAUUAUAGUAUUUAAAGUGAGAGAACUUAAUUAUUUGCAAAGGUAAGUUGCAGCUUGUUUUUUGAGAGAAUCAAAUGAUAAUUUUGUUCCUUUUUUUAAAACUAGCUUUUAAUUUAAAGAUGGAAGCUAAGGAAUGGAAACAUUUCUAUGUUUUUGACAUUAAAUAGUACCAAUAAAGUAUUUUAUUACAAAAAGUUAAAUGA